UUAUGAUUGCCUUGCAUUUAAAAUUGGCGCAGAGAGAAAGAGCAGAACUAGAUAAUGCCUAAAAUUACUUGGAAGAACAUGAAACCUUGAUGAUCCAUACAUCAUUUACUGCCACGUGUAAGCCAUGGGUGAUAAUUACAGGCCUGCCCACUCUAGCCCUGCUUUCUUUGCCACUUUUUGUCCUACUUUCGUCUCUCACUCGCUCAAAAUUCCAUUUCUUUAUUCCAGUUUUUUCUUUUAUUAAUUUUCUUUUUUCUUCUUGAGGUCUCUCUCUAUAUAUAUUAUAUUGGGUGUCUAUCUCCUCUUUUCUACUUGUACUCUUAGACAUUCUUAAGGGUGAUUUUCUUUUUGCCAAUAAAGAAUGGAUAAAGAGGGGACAAUGGUGAAAUCAAGAUUCAAGAGGGUAUGUGUGUUUUGUGGAAGCAGUUCUGGAAAGAGAGAUUGUUAUAGAGACGCUGCCAUUGAGUUAGCUCAAGAACUGGUGGCAAGAAGAUUGGAUCUUGUAUAUGGAGGAGGUAGUAUUGGGCUUAUGGGAUUAGUUUCUCGAGCUGUGUACGCUGGUGGAGGCAAUGUUCUUGGGAUCAUACCCAGGACCCUGAUGAGCAAAGAGAUUACUGGUGAAACAGUUGGAGAAGUAAAGCCAGUAGCCGACAUGCACCAAAGAAAAGCAGAAAUGGCCCGCCAUUCUGAUUGUUUUAUAGCCCUACCAGGUGGGUACGGGACUUUAGAGGAGUUAUUGGAAGUCAUCACUUGGGCUCAGCUUGGCAUCCAUGAUAAGCCUGUGGGUUUACUUAAUGUUGAUGGUUACUACAACUAUCUUCUGACAUUCAUUGACAAAGCUGUAGAUGAUGGCUUUAUCAAGCCUUCCCAACGCAACAUCAUUGUCUCUGCACCAAAUGCCAAAGAACUUGUUCAAAAGCUUGAGGAGUACGUGCCUGUAUGUGAUGGAGUCAUAGCCAAGUCAAGGUGGGAAGUUGAGCUGCAACAACACCAACAACCACCACAGCAACAACCACAAGUGGUGGUGGGGUUCAAUGCUCCAACUUUACAGACUGAGGUCGCUCUAUAAAAGAGAGACAUGAAAAAGGAAAGAAACCCAAGUUAAGAAAAGAAAAGAAAAGAAAAGAAAGGUGUUCUGUUAGGCUUCUUGAUCUGCUCUCUUUCUUUUGUGCCUUUUGGUCUCAUCUGAUGAUUUUGGGGUCACGUACCAAAGCAUUUUCCAUUAUGGUAUGGGAAGGUUUUUGAAUGACUUGAUAAUUAAAGGAAAACAGUAAAAGGAAGUCUGUCUUCUUUUUUUGUACGUUACUGUCACUUUAGCAAAAGCGAAAAGAAAAAAAAAAAAAAACAAAGAAGGGUGGGCAGUUCAUUGAACUUGGGGGUAUUAAUCAAAACUUGUAUUUUGCACCUCGAAUUAUGUACAAAAAUGAUUACAAUUAUAUAGAAAGAACAGGAAAGAAAAUCCCAAAAAAAAAAAAAAAAAUGACAGCAGCUUUAGGUUUAGAUGCAUUUUGAUAUGAUACAAA